AUGCCAUUCCAACCCAUUAUUUUUGGUCAUUUUCUGCCCGAUUAUUCCUCUCGUUCUCUAUGGUGGACGGCUACUCUUUUGGGAAUUAUUGUUACUCUCACUUGUCUGUAUGUUAAAUUAAGAACCUCUAACGUCCUGUGGAAGAUCCCAGGAUGCGUGGCUCAACCGAUAAUUGUUGGAAUUGUCAUUUCAUUAACAUUACUGAAAGCCAAAGUGACUAGUUGUAAUGUCUUUAUAAAAAAAAUAUACUCUAAAAGGUCUAUACUUAUUAAUUACACCAAUAUUAAUAUUAUAAUAUUUACAAGUAUUGUUUUAUUAUAUAUAAUUUUAAAACAGGGAUUUUUAGUGUUGUUUAAACUAGUAUGUUUCCAAGCAUUGUGCGGAGUAACCCAUAUCUUCGAUAAAUGGAGAAUUUUGAGAUUUUGGUUCGGUUUGAGACCAAUUGUGGUUUUUUUCAAACCAGAAACUGUGGAAGUUAUCUUGAGCAGCAACACGAUCCUUCAGAAACCAUUCGUAUAUCAGUUUCUAAAACCGUGGUUUAAAGAUGGAUUAAUCACGAGUUCUGGAAAUAAAUGGAGAAAGAGAAGAAAGUUGUUGACUCCCGCUUUCCAUUUUCGAAUUUUGGAAGAUUUUGUACCCACCAUUGAAGAUCAUGCUAAAAGACUUGUAAAGAAACUCAGAGAAGAGAUUGGCAAGGAAUGUUUCGAUGUAGUACCUUUCAUAACUAUGUGUUCUCUAGAUAUUUUAUGUGAGACUGCAAUGGGAGAGUAUGUUGGAGCACAAGAAAAUGACGAUUCUCCAUACUUGAAUGCCUUAAAAGAAGCAUCAGAAAACUUUACCUCUCGAAUGACGAAGCCGUGGUUAUGGUCUGAUACUAUCUUUUAUAUGUCUUCUUAUGGUAGGGAAUUCAUCAGAUGUGUUAAUGCUAUGGACGCAUUUACUAAAGAAGUAAUCAGAAAACGCAAAAAUGAGCUUUUACAGCAGUUAAAAACGGGUAGAGAGAUGGAAGAAUUACUCGAUAACAAUAAGUUUGGCACUAGACGAAGAAGGGCAUUUUUAGAUUUGUUACUGUAUCAGCAUUUGAGCGAUUCCACUUUCACUGAAGACAAUAUUAGAGAAGAAGUCGAUACUUUUAUGUUUGCAGGGCACGAUACCACUGCUGUUGGAAUGAGUUGGGCAUUAUAUUUAAUAGGAUUAUAUCCAACAGUCCAGAAAAAACUUCAAGACGAAAUCGAUUCGAUCUUUGGUGAUGAGAAUAGAGAAUUUACCAUUGAAGAUUUAAAAGAGAUGAAAUAUAUGGAAUGCGUUUUAAAGGAAAGUCAGCGAUUAUAUCCUUCACUUCCUUAUAUAGGCAGGGAAUUGCAAGAAGACGUAGUCGUCAAAGGAUACAAAAUUCCCCAAGGAACCAGCUGUCUUCUCUUUACUUUCAUGCUGCAUCGAGAUUCGGAAAUCUUUCCAAAUCCGGAAAUCUUCGAUCCAGAUAGAUUCUUACCCGAAAAUGCAGUUGGACGCCAUCCAUAUGCAUACAUUCCAUUUUCUGCCGGACCAAGGAAUUGCAUUGGGCAAAAAUUCGCUUUACUGGAAGAGAAAUUAGUAUUGGCUAAUAUACUGCGUCAUUACAAUUUGCAUUCACUCGAUCAACGCGACAAGCUUCAGUUGACAGCAGAAAUGGUCUUGAGGUCCGCUAAUGGUAUCAGAGUGAAGUUAACAUGCCGACAGAGAUUGAUAUUUCAAGCUGGUAAUGGAUUCGCACAUGUCUUCAAUAAAGAGAAAUUUAUGAAGUUUUUUAUAGGAUUUAAACCAUUUUAUCUAUGUUAUAAAGCAGAGGCUUAUGAAGCUGUUAUAGGAAAUUCUGUUAACAUUAGUAAGGAUUUUGGCUAUUCGUUUCUUACUCCAUGGUUAAAAUUUGGUCUUUUAACAAGUACCGGAGAUAAAUGGAAAAUGAGACGUAAAAUGUUGACUCCUGCAUUUCAUUUCCGUAUCUUGGGUGAUUUUUUACCUACUGUCGAAGGACAAGCCAAAAUAUUCGUAGAGAAACUAAAUACAGCGUGCAUGAAAGAAUGGGUCGACAUAAUUCCUUUAGCUACUAGAUGUGCUCUGGACAUUAUUUGUGAAACAGCUAUGGGUAUUCAUUUAGGAUCUCAAAAUAAUACAAACUGUGAAUACAUCAGAGCAUUGCACGACGUUGGAGAAGUAUUUCCUGACAGAUUCAUAAAACCUUGGAUCUGGAAUAACUUUAUCUUUUUUAAUUUAACGGAAAGAGGCAAAACUUUUAAGAAAAAUACCGCAAUCUUGGAAAAUUUUACUAGAAGCGUCAUAAGAAAAAGAAAAGCGGAAAUGUUAAGCAUGAUAGAAAGUAAUCAAGAUGAUAAAAACGAAGACGAAUUCGGUAAGAAAAAACGUCAGCCAUUUCUAGAUCUUCUCCUCAGGCAACACAUUAAUUAUGGAACUCUCAGCGAGGACGAUAUCUUAGAAGAAGUCGAUUCGUUUAUGUUUGCUGGUCACGAUACAACUGCAUUGGCAACAAGCUGGUCGUUGUACUUGCUCGGUCAUCAUCCAGAAAUUCAACAAAGAGUACAAGAAGAAAUAGACUUGGUCUUAGGAGACGAUGACCGUCCUAUGACUCUUGAUGAUCUGAGAGAAUUAAAAUAUUUAGAAUGUGUGGUUAAGGAGGCUUUGAGAUUAUUUCCUUCAGUUCCAAUGAUUUCUAGAGACUUAGCUGAAGACCUUAAAAUACCAAAAGAAUUUACGUAUUUCUAACUUGAUAUAACUUGUUCAGAUGGAUAUACACUUCCGAAAGGAUCAACCUGUAUUCUCUUCAACUAUAUGUUACAUCGAGAUCCAAAAGUAUUUCCCGAACCUGAGAAAUUCGAUCCGGAUAGGUUCCUACCAGAAAACACUGCAGGCAGACAUCCAUAUGCUUAUGUUCCAUUCUCAGCUGGAUCUAGAAAUUGCAUCGGUCAAAGAUUCGCACUUUUAGAAGAGAAAACUGUUUUGGCUAAUCUUCUGAAGAAAUUUACCUUUAAAUCCUUGGAUCAUAGGGAUAAAUUACAAUUAGCGGGAGAAAUGAUUAUGAGAGCCAAAAAUGGCUUAAGGUUGAACAUUUCUAAAAGAAUCAGAGAAUAA